AUGAAAAUUUCUAAUAUCAUUUUUCAGAAAUUAGUUUAAAAUUUAUUCGAUUAAAAUAUUAAAAUGGACAGAAAAUCUGAUUCAAUGAAAUUGGUUGAAGAUGAAUUUGAUGAAGAAAGUUUAAGCGAUGGAGAUGAAAAAGUUGAACUUCAUAAAUUGAAGAUCACUAAAGCUAAGUCAGGAUUAAUGGGUGGAUGUGGCCAGGUUGUUCUAUUCCUAAUGUUCUGGAUGGUAAUGAUGGGCAUAUGCAUGCUUACUAUGCAUAUAGUGGCAAGGAGCGACCCGCAUCGACAAACAUUGAUGAUUAUCGCUGUUUCUUGUGCUUGGAUUGGACUCGCAAAUAUUUUCGCAGUGGCCGUUUUUAUCAUCGAUAAAUAUCAAUCGUUCAACAAACAACCUCGAUUGUCGGAAGCGCUCGUUCACACACAAUUCGCACUAGGUGGCGUUGUUGGGGGGUGGCUCGCGCUGUGUAUGACUUGCUAUCGCCCUCCAGGGAUUAAAAAUGAACGAAUCGCCGGCUUUAUUUGUCGGGGAAUGUUUUGCUCAGCGAUCGGGGUAACACUGAUUGUGGUAACCAUUGUACGGGUGGUCGUGCCCAAUAUACAGAUGAUGUUUGGAUGAAGGGACUUUAUCAUGCAUGGGCGCCAAACUUUUAAAAAUGCAGGGGAGGCGGGGUAGUUAGAUACACCAUAAUGUGACAAAUCUAACUUCUUGGUUCUCAUGUUUACCGAUUAAUUUAUUUCUAGGAGCCUGUUCUAACUUAUUGGUUGUAACGCUUACUGUUAUCGUAUUCGUAUUGCAAUGUUUCAUUGUUUUUACAUUUAUAUGAAACAAAUCGAACUUAUUGGUUGUAACGUUUACUGAUUAAUGGCAAGCAGAUGUUUUUAAGCCUGCCCACCCUGCCACCCCCGGUUUGGCGCUUAUAAUAUGAUGUAUUUAGCUUUACUAACAAGAUGGUCCACACACCAAGUUAUAUAUAAAGUACUGUGGGGUAAGAUGGGUGCCGUUAUCACAUAAAUCUCCCCAUAUUUUCAAUUGUGUUUUUAACAAUUAACAUCAUUAGUUUAAAGUCCAUGGCUACCAUUAUUUAAUUCUGUAAAUUGUCUCUGUUUACUGCCAAAUGGAACAAGAAAACAAAAUGAAAAUAUGUCCCAUCUUACCCUAUCCUACUCCAAAUUAAACUUUGUAUAUAUUAUUACUUGCAUAACACACGUAUUAUGGUGCUGAAGCAUUACAGACCAUUUUAUAUUUAAAAUAUUGUCGUGCAAUUUUAUCUGGUGACCUUCAUACUGUACAUUAUGUUUCCGAAUAAUAAGUACAAACUUCCGAAAUAAAGAUUUUGAUAUUUUAUGCCGAAUAUUGUAUGUGCUGUUUCGAUAUUAAACAAUGAUAUAUAACAGA